CACGCGCCCUUCGCUCACAUAUCACACACGUCCUCGCCCUCUUCCCGAACGAACACCGCGCGACCACUGCUGCUGCAAGACACCUCGUCCUCCAAGACUUCGCGACACCACUCACCACCUACCUGCCUUCGCGAGCUUCCAAUCGAGACGAACAACCACACACACCGACGAGUUCGUACAAACAACCAGAGGCUUCGUCGCAAUCACAACGAUCAACAACAACAGCGCCAUGACCUCCGUCCACAAGCCCGACCUCUCCGGCCUGCCCACCUUCAACGUCGCUGGCGGUCGCCCCGACGAGCGCUUCGGUACCAGGGGCUCCUUCACCCGCGGCGUGCGCAUCAUGUCCGGUGGCCAUGCGCGGGACGUACCGCUCGAGGCCGAGGUCGACCACGGCAAGGUUCUCUUUGUGUCCGCCAUCCACAAGCCGGACCUCUCCUCCGAGGCCCGCACCAACGCUGUCCGUCCCAUGGAGCGCCUCGGAGCUCGCGGCCGCUUCACGCCAGGGGGGCGUCGCUGGGCCGGUGGCAAGCCUCGCGACGUACCGCUCGAGGCCGAGGUCGACCACGGCAAGGUGCUCUUCGUGUCCGCCGUCCACAAGCCGGAUCUCUCCGCCGAGGCCUGCGUCAACGCCGCCCGCCCCACGGAGCGCCUCGGCUCCCGGGGCCGCUUCACCGCGGGCGUCCGUCGCUGGGCCGGUGGCGAGCCUCGUGACGUGCCGCUCCCGCGCGUGCGCGACCCGGGUACCGUCCUCUUCGAGUCCACCUCGGAACGCAGCAGGCCCUCCUUGUCCUUCUCGGGCGAGACCAACGUGUCCGGAGGCAGGGAGGACGAGCGCCACGGGCGGCUGGGAUCGUUCGAGCACGGGGUCGUCGAGGCUCGGGGAGGGCCGCUGCAGGUUCAGGCGGCCUUCGCGCGCGAGGUGGAGCAGCUGUGGCACGAGGGCGGGCAGAAGGAGAACAAGUACCGCCGCUGCGGGCCCAGCCACUUCGUCGCCGGCGUGUCAAUUCUGUCUGGCGGCAUGCCGGUUUACUGAGAGUAAAGAAUGACUGCUGUUGUUACUGUAACCCGAGAGUAUGAGACGGUUGUCAUGCUGUCGGCCUCAUGCGUGCUUGGUCAUUCACCAAAGGUUGCUCUUUGUUGGCACCUCCGUGUUAGCGUGUUGGUCUUCCACCGGCACAUUUACCGUUUAUUUCUUUGUUGAGAGAGGGGGCUCUGUUGAGAAGGUUGCUAUCCUUUCGGGUCGUUUUUUGUCGAUGGGUGCCCGUGGUGUGCUACAUGUAGAGAGCACCACGUAGCGGCCCUAGACGUGGAUUGCCGGCGUGAGUGAAUGUUGUAUUGUGGCUUGUUCGUGACGAGCGUUGGAGGAGCAGACCAAGUUUAGAAGUUCGUGGUGUUGUAAUUGAUAGAAUAAUUGAUAGAAAUAUAACCAGUAGGGGAUACAACGAGGGGCACUGUUGUGGAUGCAGUGCUUCACAUCCAUCAUCCAUACGAUGAACUACUUGGAGGAAUAUGUUGUGGGUGUGAGAGGGCGAUGUUUACUGUAUGAGUGAUGUCCUCUAUUUGGUAUAUAAAAUCGUUGGCGUCUCAAGGAGAACGAAAAGCGGUGUUCAUCCGUAUAUUUACCCCCCCCCUCCCCCGAGUCUAACCGCUAGGGCGUGAAAAACAUGAGUACCAACCCUCCCCUACCCCCUCCGGCGCGGGAUCAAAAUGGGGCAGGGUUUGGGCGAAUGGUGUUGUCGCCGCUAAGGGUUCAUGUGUUCGUGUCGGUUAUCUGUUGCGGUGGGGAAUGGGGUGCGGUGGUGGGGUUUGACGUGAAGUGCAUUCGGGGUUGUAAGUGUUCAUUCCGAAAACAAUGAUAGAAUAGAUAUGGACUCCACUGCUGUAGUGUAAGGCGUGCCUCUUUGCUGUUGUUUUGCGAGGGGGGCGGGUGUUCUAACGGGGGGUACGCCGUGGCGCGCACGGUCAGAGGCAGACAGAGGGAGAUGCGUUGAAAACACCCAGGAGUAGAGUUGGCGUGAAUGGAAGUAAAGACGUUGAAGACAAUAAUGUAAAAGGCUUAUUUUUUCGC